AUGAUUACUCAACCUAUACCAGCCGUGCCGGUCAUUCCCGUCAACGAAGUGCCCCUUGAUUUCGACAGAAAAGUGCUGGAGACAGCAGAUUUCCCUCAACAUGUUGAGCACGCAGACUCGACCACUUCUCCUCCCGAACUCGGCGAUGCCGAGCACAAGUUGACGCGACAGACCAUACUGGCCUGUAUCGCCAUUGCGACGCAGAUCAACGCCUACAUCAUGACACUCUUGAUCCCCUCGACUACCCUGAGCUACAUCAAUGCCGAUCUCGGUCCCGAUCCAAACUAUACGUGGAUCACUGUAUCGUGGACACUCGGGGCUGCAGUCAUUGUUUCGGUCGGCGGUCGACUAUCGGACAUAUUCGGUCGCAGAUACUUCAUGAUGUUUGGUGCCACCAUCUCCAUUAUUGGCUGUCUGGUUGGUGCCAAUGCCAAGAACAUCAACAUGAUGAUUGCCAGCGGUGUGCUGUUUGGGAUUGGGUCGGGCUUUCAGGAGAUGUGCUAUGCCAUUAUUCAAGAGAUGUUGCCAAAUAAGCACAGAAUCGUUGGUGUAGGGUCUCUGGAUAUAUCUCUGGCAUUGGCGUUCUCGAGCCCAGUCAUCUCUUAUGCAUUCAUUGCAUAUCAAGGAAUCGGGUGGAGAGGCGCCUAUUGGUACAUGUUUUCUUGGCACCUUUUUGGUUUCUUGAUGCUUGUUAUUUUUUACCAUCCGCCCACUUUUGACAACAAGCAUGGGCGAGAAGGCAAGACCAGAUUACAGCUCCUCAUGGAACUCGAUUACGUAGGACUGCUGCUUUUCGUGGUAGCCAAUGUGCUGUUCCUUCUCGGAGUUAAUUGGGGAGGGCGAGCGUAUGCUUGGACGAGUGCGGCUGUCAUUACACCAAUCGCGAUCGGGGUGGUGUGUGCAGUAAUCUUGAGUUUCUGGGAAGCAUAUGCAAACCUCAAGUAUCCAUUGCUGCCACCAAAGAUGUUCAAGAAAGUCAGAGAGUUCGAUAUGAUCAUGGUCGUCUGCUUUGUUGGAGGUAUGCUGUACUACUCUAUGAACGUCCUAUGGCCACGAGAAUCGCAACUAUUCUUUGUGAGCUCCGACACUCCAAUCCUGCAGGGAGUUUAUGCCAUGAUCUUUUCUUGUGGCACAUUCCUCGGUGGCUUCAUAGUCGCAUUCAUCAGUCCACGUGUUCACCGAGAGAAGUGGCAACUCGUGUUUUUCAUGGUCGCACAAACGGCCUUGAUCGGUUCGCUGGCCUCGGUCGGGGUAGAAGACAAGGCUCAGGCCAUUGUGACCAUCGUUCUUGGCGCUGCCAUGGUCACACCACCCCAGCUGGUAUCCUUUACCAUGCUGUCGCUUACCCUCGACGAUCAGAAUGACAUUGGUAUCGCCGUCGGGUUGGCUGGUACGUUUCGCCUUCUUGGUGGUGCCAUUGCGACGGCAAUCUACUCUGCCAUAUUGUCGAGCAAGUUCUCGGAGGUUAUACCAGGCAAAAUGAUCGACGCCAUCAGCGAUUCAGGAGCUACAUACUCGGAUUCUUUGCUCCAGGCGUUAGUCAAGGCCGCGAGCACGAACACGGCGGCUGCAUACAAGGCUGUACAAGGCUCCACACCGGCAUUACAAGCGGCUGCUGCUCUAGCCACAAAGUUGGCCUAUGUCGAUGCAUUCUCCCUAGUCUACUUGAUCGCAAUUGCAUUCGGAGCAGUAGCUACAGCCGCAACAUUCCUGACCGUCAAUACAGACAUGAAGCUAAAGACAAUGCAGAGGGCAGUCUAUCUCAGGGGCGAGAGACCUACAGAAGAGGUGCUGGGGGAGAAGGCCGUGUAG